UCUACCUGCUUAUUACGCUAAUCUAUUUCUAUAUUUAUUAAUAUUUCCUUGGUUGUCUAAAUUUUGUCUCUCAAUAUAAAAUUUAUGGACCGACUUGCUAUUAAAUAACCUUUUUUACGUAUAAAUAUAAAUAUACAGUUAUAUAUAAACCAUUCACCAGAUCUCUCUCUCUCUCUCUCUCAUAUAUACACAGUUUAUCUCCCUUUCCUUCGUCUCCAUCUUCUAUGAAAAUGGUUGAUCUUGAAACUGUGUGUUGCAUGUGUGGUGAUGUGGGUUUCCCUGACAAGAUCUUCCGUUGCAGCAAGUGCCAUAACCGCUACCAACACUCGUACUGCAGCAGCUAUUACAGCGAGCAAGGGGAGCAAGUUGAGGUGUGCGAUUGGUGUGAGAGCGAAGCGAAGAGAAAAAACGGCGGGAAACAUGGCAACGGCGGCGGCGGCUCGUCAAAGAGGUCGUACCGUUCGGAAUAUUCCUCCGCCGACAGUAUCAAACAACAAGUUCGCCAAGGGAAUCUUACACCUCCUCCGGCCGACAAGGCUAAGAUCGGCGGCGUACCUUCUCCUCGGACGACAACUCGCAGCCGUUUCACAAAAUAUGUUUACGUCAUCUCCAUAUCUCCGACAGCAACUGCGGCUGCGGUGAAGAACAGGCCAUUCUCCUGGUCUUCCUCCGAGGACAAGGUGGAGGUGGCAGAGUUGCAACAGCGUAAAUGGCGAGUUGGCAGCACUGAGAGCAGGAAGGGACGCAACAAUGGUGAUAGAACCACAGAUAAACAAAGGUUCUCCAACACACAAUGAAAUAAAAAGACAAAAGGCAUAAGGGGCAUACGAGGGAGGAAAUAUAAUAAGUUGAGCUGUGGACGUGUGGGCAAAUACCUCACGGGUUUGUAUUGUAUUUUGAUACUUUUUACCGUAUUUCUCGCCUCUUAACAAGUCUUCUUUUGUUAAUCUUCUGAUCGGAACGGUGUUUUCGGGGCAUUCACCGUUCAUGCGCCAAAGUUGAGCCACAACUUCCGAAUCCAUAGCAUUGUCCGAAUGCAUAGCACUCCGUUUGAAAAGAUCUUCUAUAUGAGAACUAGGCCUCAUCUAUUUACAAUAUUUGUCAAGUGCAGGAUAAAGAUUAGUAACUAAUUAAUAAACAAGUAAAACAAAGAAAGAUAUGGGAUAUUCCAAAUGGAUACAUGAUAUUGUAUAUAAUAUACCUGGAUAGUGUGGUUUCUAAGUAGAGGAUCAUCAAAAGCCGGUUGUUCAGUAAUGACAAUACAGUCUAUGAUAUCUCCAUCUGGGCUCUGUUUA